AUGGUUAGAGAUUGUUUCAGUCGGCAUGAAAGGCGAGGACUUGGAUACAUUGCCGGUGAAAGAAGACGAUGCAUCCGCACUUUUCGAACUGGAAAUUUCAAUGUCAGUUUGACGGACAAACCAUCCACCCUAUAUGUGUUUCCUAUAACUGCAUAUAAACAAGCUGAUGGAACAAAGAUUGAUAAUAGAAGAGUGCUUGUCGAUGUUGAACGAGGUAGAACAGUUCCAAACUGGAAACCUCAUCGACUUGGUGGGGGUAUAGGAACAACCAGGAUUGGAGGUGAAGAUGUAAAUAAAAAACAAUUGGGGAGGGAAAAAUCUCGUGAAAAGGGAAGAGAUAGAGAGUGUGAUAAGGAGAAAUCUCGUGAGCGAUCUUAUGAGAAGCCAAAGGAUCGUGAUGAACCGGAGGAUGAAAUUCAGGGCAUAGCCGAAGUCGCUGUCGCCGAAGUUUCGUCGCCGCCAACAUUUCGCCGCAGCCGACGAACAAGAACAGAGAGAGAAGAGAGAGAAACGAAAUGA